CCACCGCCAAAUCCGCUGCUUGUGGUGCCCGACCGAAUUGAGUGGUCGCCUGCAAAACUUCUGACACGCAGCAAUUUUCACAUCAGACGCAGGCGUUGAAGGUAAUGUAAGGUCGCAUCAUGGCCAUUCAAUACCUGAUCCUGCUCUCAAGGCAGGGCAAGGUCCGCCUUGCAAAAUGGUUCACUACCCUCAUUCCCAAAGAUAAGGCCAAGAUCGUCAAGGAUGUCACUCAGGCUGUCCUGGCCAGGCGCACACGCAUGUGCAACUUCUUGGAAUACAAGGAUACGAAAAUCGUCUACCGUCGCUAUGCUUCGCUAUUCUUCAUUGCAGGCUGUUCCUCCGAUGACAACGAGCUCAUAACGCUAGAGAUCAUCCACCGCUACGUCGAGCAGAUGGACAAGUAUUACGGAAACGUUUGCGAACUGGAUAUUAUCUUCUCCUUCACCAAGGCCUACUACAUUCUGGACGAGAUCCUACUCGCCGGCGAGAUGCAGGAGAGCAGUAAAAAAAACAUAUUGAGGUGUAUAUCCCAGCAGGACUCGCUGGAAGACAUGGAGGUCGAGGAUGAAGUGACGAGGAUCAUGUAGUCAAGCCACCGAACACGAUAAUUUCUCCUCCUUUCCCUUCCACUCGAAUGGCCCCUGAAGCGAUGCAACACCUCACACAAUAACCUGCCAAAUCUCGAGGAAUCCGAACGAGUAUUUACUUGAUAUGCUAUCUGGACAACUAAUGCGGACAAUUACGGGCUCGGCAAAUAGGACGACGACCAGAGGAUUGUCUCAAGGCUCAAGGAGAACGGAUACAUUUGAGUGCAGGCCCCGAACACGGUCAGGACGGCGACCACGAAUCGAUGAAGAUGUACGACAAUAGACGAUGGGCGACGGAUGUUGAAGAAAGGACAGAUUGGUCUUCUUGAGGCCCUUUUCUGGAUCUUGAUUGCCUAGACCAUUACGGAGGAUGCCAAACACCCUCUUCAUGUGUAUGCAAUGGACUAGAUAGACCUAUGGGGAAUCAUCCCCCCAGACAUGUACUUUUGCCGUUCCCACGCGGCGCGCCGUUAUGCGGCUCAUGCACCCGCGAAUCAUCACAAUUACGACCAAACAACUUUGCGGUUCAUCGACAAGAUACCUCGUGCAGCAGGUUGUUCUAUUGGUGUCCCGUUGGAUGCGAUCACAUUGUCCAUGGAUUGCAGUCGCA